CCCCUUCCCAUAAAAACCCACCAAAAUUCACACAAAUAUUGAACUUAUAAGUUCAAGCCUCAAAUACACACCCAUCCCCAUCUCACAACAUCUCCCACCUUCUUUCUUCUCUUCAUUUCUCUUGGCUUUGGUGGGUUUUCUUGUUUUUGUGUGUGAGCAAGAAAACCGCCUUUCCACUGUAUUCCCUCAACUCUCAACCUACUAAACCAAAUCCAACAAAAGAAUAAGGCAAAACCCACAAAUAAUCUUUCUCUCUUUAUCCUUUUCUUCUCCAUAACAUAACACAUGUUUGCUAGUUAUAAACCAUAAAUGGGUUCUUAAUUUUUCUGGGAUUAUUUCAUUUUUACCAUUUUUUUCAAUUUUAUGUGAUAAUUUCCUACAUUUCCUCCAUACAACACCCAUUUUUCCUGAAUCUGAAGUUUUCUGCUGAAUCUGGAUGUACCCAUUUGUUUAAAGAACAUUGGAAUUUGGAAUUUUUGUUUUUCUAAUAUUGUGGGAAAUUAAUUUGAUUAAUUAAAACGAGCUCUCUUUUCCCCAUCAAGGUCACCUUUUAGCAACUAUGGAUAGGGAUACAUGGGUUAGCCAUUAUCAGUAUGGCUCUGUAAUCAACCCUGUCAAUUUUGAUUCUUACUCCGAAUUCGAUGAUGAAGUGAGCAAAGACGUCGUGUCCGUUGACUCGGCUCUCCCGGAUGACAUAUUAGAGAGAAUCCUUGCCUGUCUCCCUAUCGCGAGCAUUUUUAGAGCCGGGUGUGUUUGCAAGCGAUGGCACGAAAUAGUCACUUCGAAGCGUUUUAUGUGGAAUUUUACUGUCAAUGUUCUAUCACAUAAGCCCUGGUAUUUCAUGUUUACCAACAAUGAUGAGUGUUUCGGGUAUUCAUAUGAUCCCGCCCUUAAGAAAUGGUAUGGCAUUGAUCUCCCUUACUUUGUUACCUCGAAUUGGUUUGUCGCUUCCUCUUUCGGUCUUGUUUGCUUUUUGAACAACGAUAGCCAAAGCGAUCUCUAUGUUUACAAUCCGAUUACUAGAAGUAGCAAAAAGCUCGUUGAACCUUCCGGUAAAUUCUCCGAUUACAGUGCUCUUGCAAUAUCCGUAGACAAGAAGUCUCAUAAGUACAAUGUGUCCAUUGUUAAAUCGAAACAAGUCCCGAAUAACUUUUAUCAAUGGGAUCUUUCCAUUCAUGUUUACAACUCUGAGACUAUGAUGUGGGUGAUCUCACUUACGGAAGUGUUGAAUGGGUGGAGAGCGGGUGAUGAGUGUGUGAUAUGUGAUGGUUCGCUUUACUUCUUGCUUUACUCUACCGGUGGUGGAAUGCCCGAUAAUCGUCAUGGCUUGAUCAAAUACAAUCUCUCGAGCCGUUCAUCUCAUGGGUUACUGAUGCGGAAUUUCAUCCCCGCCCCAUGCUCGUUGACAUGUGGUCGAUUGAUGAACCUCAAGGAGAAGUUGGUUAUGGUUGGGGGGAUCGGAAAACAGGAUCGUUCGGACAUCAUCAAAGGGAUCGGCAUCUGGGUCUUAAAUGGAACUGAAUGGCAAGAGGUUGCUCGGAUGCCGCAUAAGUACUUCCAAGGGUUCGGAGAAUUCGAUGAUGUUUUCGCUAGUAGCGGUACGGGUGAUCUGAUCUACAUUCAGAGCUACGGCGCACCGGCUUUGCUUUUGUUUGACAUGAACCAGAAACAAUGGAAAUGGUCUCAAAAAUGCCCAGUUACUAAGAGGUUCCCCCUUCAGCUUUUCACUGGUUUUUGCUUUGAACCUAGGCUUGAAGUUUCUGCUUAAAAGCAUUGCUAUUUGCUACUCAAUACUCAUUCCAAUAGGUAUAUCACGUGGGUGAAUUUAUUUUUUUUUAAUUUUAUAAAUUUUUUUUUUCCUUAAUGGUUCGUCUAUUGCGUUGACCCUAUCUUUGACGGAAUUCAAUGAUAUGAUGAUGAUGAUAAUGAUGAUGGUUCGUCUACCUGGUGAUUGAAGACUCACUUUCGUUUUUUCGACAAAGUUCGAGCAUUACUACUAAGAAACGGUUCAUUUCCUUUCCUAUAACUCGUUUAGGGUUCUUGAGCCUUACUACUAAGAAAUGGUUCGUCUAUAUGAUGAUGAUGAUGAUACCGAUGAUGGUUCGUCUAUUGGUGAUCGAAGACUUUCACUUUUGUUCUUUCGACAAGGUUCGAUCAUUACCGCUAAGAAAGGAAAAUUUUCAUUUUCGUAUAACCCAUUGAGGAUUCUUCAGGCUUACCCCGGAAAAAAAAAAGAAAAAUCUACCUAACCCCACCAAAAUACCAAAUCUUUUUUAUUUUUUUUAUUUUAGUUUUUUUUUAUUUUUUGGCUUAAAUUGAUAUCUAUCUUUCAGAAGAGUGAACAGGAAAAACAUACCAGCUGGAAAAUGUCUGCAUCUCAAACACAUUUAUAAUCUUUUUGCAUUUUCUUAGCUGAACUUCAAGUACAAGUUCUGAUCACCUUGGGAUUGAAAAAUCAAAUUUAUGUGUUAAAUCAUUCUCACUUUUUUCUUUAAUUUAUUAUGUCUUUUUUUUUGUUUGUUUUAUACUUCUAUAAACAACAAAUUGGUUGUUUUAUACUGUGAAGCAGACAAAAUUGACAUAUUAUGUCUUUUCUGUUUUUUUUUUCUUUUCCUAUUAUUUCGUUUAUUUUGCAUCAUUUAAGGUUUUAAAACCCGCAUAAUUUUGAAAUGAUGCAAAAUAAACGAGACUAAUAAAUAUCAUUAAAAAAUAAUAUUAAAUUAUUAUCAUGUAAUUGUCCUUGUAUGUAUGGUUGGUUGUGAACAUUAUUUUUGUC